AUGAAUGCAUCGUCGUCCCAGAAGCAGAAGAAGAAGCAGAAGAAGAAGCAGAAGAAGAAGCAGAAGAAGAAGCAGAAGAAGAAGCAGAAGAAGAAGCAGAAGAAGAAGCAGAAGAAGAAGCAGAAGAAGAAGCAGAAGAAGCAGAAGAACAAGAAGACGGGUCUUCUGACGUAUCACAAUACUUGCAUUGAACAUACCUACCGAAGUGAGAUGGCCUUUUCGUCGUCGUCAGAGGAGGAGGAGGAGGAGGUGCGCACUGCGGAAGCCUCGAAGCUCCAGGCUCCAGGCCUCUCCCCGCCUCCCCGCCGCCGCAGCCCGGCUGCGUCAAAAUUUAGAGUGCCGUCGGUAGAGAAUCCGAGACCGGUUCUCGGUAUCAUGAUGAGCAGUGUACUCUACUCUAACUACUCUAGCCCCCAAGACCCCACGGUGAUCGACACCGGUACGGCUGGAUUCGACCGGGCCAGAAUCUCCAAGAGUCCAGGCAGUAACGUUACUAGCGGCGUAGGUAGUAGUGGUGGUGAUGGCGGUGGAGGUGGUGAUGGCGGUGGCGAGCAAGAGUGCAAAACUUCGAAUUCACGCAUGCGCAGUAGAUGCUGGGCAGGGCGGUUCUGCAGUCUGCCCAGUGCCGGCCAUCCAAGGCGUAGAACAGGACCCUACACACACUCGGCGGAUCAUCAGUGCUUGCCUGUCGACAGUGAUGGAGGCCACUACUGCGGAGAGCUCUCGACGUUGCAACUUGCAGGCUAGGUACUAUUCUAGUUACUGGGGACCCGUCGAUUCCACAUCCCACCACCGCCUCCAUUCACCUCCAUCACCAUCACCAUCACCACCACUAACCACCACCGUUGUUCUCGCCACCUGCCUCCUUGGUCCAGUUUCCUGUAUGCUCCGCUUCCAGGAAUCCACCCCAUGCUCCAUAUACACGCUCGCUCGUGUGUCAUGCAAUCAAUCGGGAAAUAUGAUUCGUUUUGCUCUGCUCUAUGUGUGCAGCUUGGCUUAGGUAGUUAGCCUGUCUCUGAAUACUAGCCGGCAUCCUGUGCGACCCCCGUAUGUAGAAUUCAAUGUGCAUCUGCAUUCCCGGUCUCCCAUGCCGUAGUCGAGCCUCCACUCUCU